GGCAGAUGGCUUAUGUUUCGGAGCUGCUGCUGUCAGCGGGCGCUCGUGAUGUCUGGAUGGUCAAUGCCAUUAUGAAGAAAGGGCGGCCAGGCGUGGUGCUCCAUGUGCUGUGCGAUCGCAGUCAAUGCGACGAUAUGCUCUCAAUCAUUCUCAAUGAGACCACCACACUGGGAGUGCGCAUAGUGCCAUGUGAGCGUGUGGCAAUGCAGAGGCUCAUAGAGAGUGCUCUCACGCCCUGGGGAUGGGUGCCAGUGAAGGCUGGAUAUUUGCAGGGAAAACUG